AUGGCAGAGGUCCUCGCCGUGCUCGGCGGAAUUUUGGCUGUCUCUCAAACCGUCGAGUUGGUCGGCAAGGUCUGUCGAAAGAUCAAGAAUGCCUUCUCAAGCAACAAUCAGGACAACAGUCAAUCUAUCGUACACUACACGACUCCGAUGCAACCCACACCAAGCCCGACCUCUCACUAUCCAGCCAUGCAAAGAUUUCUGCGGCUAGCAGAGGAAGCAGAACACAAGUAUGGAGAUAUCGCACACCAGAUCCAGUGGCUCCAUGCCCGUAUUCAGGGAUCGGGAAUGGCACAGAUCCCGAAUGAGAUGGAGAACGACCGAAGAUUGCAAUCAAGGGUGCAAGGAGUGGUCAAUGAUCUUUGCGACCUUCUCCAAGAACUCAUGGGUGCGAAUAUCAAUCGGCACUUUGAGUUCGAGAACUAUUCUCUGCGAUUGAUCGACGUUAUCAGGAACCUGGCUCAUCAGCAGGAGCGGAUCACUUUUCGCUUCUGUGUCAUGGCGAAUGACCUAUCGACGAUGAAUUCGUUCAUGAUCUCGAACCAAAUCACAGCUGUGGCCGCGGGUGGGUCGCCGUCGGCCUAUCCUAUACUUGGCAUGGCGAAUCUGGCGCUUGCCGCGCCUCCGACAGCGCCAGCAUCCACUACACGCCCACCAUUCCGCGCGCAGAUUCCCGAUAUUUGCCUAUGGCCGGCUCCAGAAUCGGCUCAAGCAGCUCUCGUAAUACGGGUGAUGGGCGGUCGAUGGGCCGCAGAUUUGUCGAGCAUUUUGGGCGGAACUUUUAAGGACGAGAUCUGUAUAUACCCAUUCCUCAUCGCUUUCACAGUAUUAUUGCCGAUUGUCGCACGCACGACUCUUGAAGCACGCAGCUCGGCUUUCCGCGCGUUCUUGGGCCAGCCAGUAGCGAACGAGCACGACCGCGACGUGACUCUUCCUUCUGGCUCGCCUCGCGCUCUUCGUCAUGUUUUGAACACCAUCAAGUGGCGAGGCCACCACCCGGAAAUGUUCAUCAGUAUCACCGGCAUGACCUUUACUGAGGUGGUCGGAAUAUGGGAGGUCUGCAACAUGAUCAGCCUGGAGCCACAGCGCGUAUACGAGCGCGUUACCGCGCACAUCAUCGGGCACGUCUCGCACAACCCUGCCACCGCCGAGAUCGUGAACACCGUCCACCAAGCCAUGCGUCCCUCGAAAGUCAGCUUCGACGCCGAAAAGGAGCGACCAUGGCGGGCAAUGAUCCACCAGAUGGUCUGGGACGAGGUCCACAACAGUACGCCUCCCGCCGAGAAAGCGGCCAUUCAAAGCAUCGUGGGCGACAAUCCGGACCUUCGCCAGGCAGUCAAUACCAAAAUGGCCGACCUUCGCGCCAAGAAAGACGCCUAUGACGCACAGUCGGCCGCCAACCGUACUCGCAUCGCCGCAGAGAGAAAUGCGGCGGCUCAGCGAGGGCGAGGUCAGCGAGGUCGAGGUCAGCGCGGACGAGGCCAACAUGCCGGGAACGAAGAAGACCGGAGAUGGGCGCAGGCAAGAGAGAAGAAGGGUGUCGUCACUAAAGCCGGUGCGUUGAUUGUCUUCAUCAGUGGGCGAUACACGACACACGACAAAAUCUUGCGAGACCGCUCGAAUGAAAUGGCUUCAGUCGCCCACCGUGAGCAUGUUUCUUUCCAAUUGUGCCCAUCCGAGAUCAUGGCUCGCAAGCACACCAUGGCGUCGGCUUCCUCGAGAUACAUGCAAGUUUGGGACGAUCGCCAUUCGACAAAGAUCGCAAGGAAGCAUAGGCCUUUCAAUCUCCUUGCCAGGAUCAAGAAAUUGUUCAGCCGGACUGGUGAAGGGAGGCAACGAUUCAGGUCGACAUCGAAGCCCACCAGUGACGCCGUUCGCAUUCCCGAGAUCGUGACGAUAGUCUUGGGCAACCUCUCAACCGAGGACCUCCUCAAGAUGUCUGCCGUCUCCUUCACCUUUCAAAAUGCAAUCUUCAAAGUCAAACAACACCGAAGAACGCUCUUCCUCGAAUUCGAUGUCCGCCCAAUGCUCGUCCCAGGCAACACUAUCAGUCCCACUACCGGACCAGAGUGCAGCUUCAACCCACUCCUUUUCACUGACUCCAGCUGCAGCAAAGGCUACCUCGCCUUGCUCCACGAUCCGUUGAACCACUUCAUGACCUUGCCGCCGGAUGCUCUCUGCCGUAAAAUGUACCUAACUCAACAACCAGCUUGGUUCGCGACCCUCUAUCUCACUCUGCGAAACAGCUCGCCUAGCAUCUACCUGAUCAGCGAGCAGGCGAUCAAUAUCGAGAUCCGCAUUACCCGCUUCCGCACGCAAGGCAUCAAGUAUCAGCACAUCUUGGACCUUGUGGCGGAUCAGGUGAUUGGCGUACAGGCGAGGAGAGGGUGGACUGAAGUUGAACUGGUGAUGGAGGAGACGAGAUUGGAAAUUGGGAUGUGGAGAGGAGGAAAGAUGAAUGAGGCGAUGGAUGCGAAUCGGAUUGCGGAGGGAGGGUUGGUGGUUUUGGAUGAUUUGUCGGAGGAGGGAGAGAGGUUGAGAGAGGUUAGGAAGGGGUUUCGCUAA